UUGGCAAUGAAGUGAGACACUCACCUCAUUACUUCGACAAGUUGAAACCCUAACUCGUCAACUCAGUAUAACUGAGUGUGUCCGUUGUGGGUAAAUCGGAGUUCCAGAUCGAAAAGAAAAGAGAAGGAGAAGUGAGAGAGCAAGUGCAUUAGUGAAACUGAAGAGAAGGAAGAAAGUAUGGACGCGAUACGGAAGCAGCUGGACGUGUUAAUGGGAGCCAAUCGAAACGGCGACGUCCGCGAAGUUAACCGCAAGUAUUACGAUCGCGAUGUUUGUCGUCUCUAUCUCGUCGGUCUUUGCCCUCACGAACUCUUCCAGCUAACGAAAAUGGAUAUGGGUCCAUGCCCUAAAGUUCACUCUUUGCAGCUAAGAAAAGAAUAUGAGGAAGCGAAAUCCAAAGGGAUUGAUAAUUACGAGAGGGAGUUGGAGGAUGUUAUAGACAAGCUAAUUGGUGAAUGUGAUAGGAAAAUUGGCAGAGCUCUUAAGCGUCUUGAGGACGACGAUGCCAAAGCUGCAAUUGCAAUUUCAGUCUCUGAAGUUACUCAGACGCCUGAAGUGCUUGAGUUGUCCAAAGAAAUCAAAGAAAAGUUGAAAGAAGCUGAUAAAUACGAUCUUGAAGGCUUGUCAGAUAUGAAGAUUCGAGCUUUGGAGAUUGUAGAGGAACUUAGAACCAGAAGAGCAGACAAGCAGUCUACGCUUCUUUUAGAUGCAUUUAACAAAGAUAGGGCAUCUCUGCCUCAACCUCUGCCAAAUCCACCACCUUUAGCACCCCUUCCUGUAGUUACUCCUGAUGCUCGAACACAGGAGAUGAUAAAUGAAAAGUUAAAGAAGGCUGAGGAUCUGGGUGAACAAGGAUUGAUUGAUGAGGCACAAAAAGCAUUGGAAGAGGCUGAAGCACUUAAGAAGCUUCCUUCCAGACAAGAGCCAACACUGGAUUCUUCAAAGUAUACAGCUGCAGAUGUGCGGAUUACUGAUCAAAAGCUACGUGUGUGCGACAUUUGUGGAGCAUUUUUGAGUGUUUAUGACAGUGAUCGCCGUUUAGCUGAUCAUUUUGGAGGGAAACUUCAUUUAGGGUAUAUGCAAAUUCGUGAGAAGUUGGCAGAACUUCAAGAAGAAAGGGCCAACAGCCGUAAGACUGAUCGUCUUGAUGACAGGAGAUCAAAAGAACGGAGUAAGGAUCGUGAAAGGGAGCCAAGUAGGGACCGUGAACGUGGCGAGAGCCAUGAAAGAGGGCGAGACUAUGAUCGUAGGAGUAGGGAUCGUGAUAGGCACCAUGAUCGAGACCGUGGAUAUGAUCGAGACCGAGACAGAGAUUCAGACCGUUCCCGCCACUAUGAUUCAAGAAGUCGUCGGAGGUCUCGAUCUCGAGAGCGUUCUAGAGAUUAUGAUCGUCAUAGGCGUCAUGAUCGGUACUAGCAGCUGCCAAGAAUCUUAUGGAUGUUUAAAGAUGUCUAGUCUAGGUGGGUGAUGAACCUCGUCUUGGACAAUUUUUUUUUUGGGUAGUUUUAUUGAACUAGUUAUCCAAUGAUGGAUGUAACUUGAGCUUAGGUGUUGCUAAAUUGUGGUUUGAUGUUUGCCCUGCAGUAAUUACUAAAUCCAAUUUGUAAUCUGCCUACAUGUGGAGCAGUUCUGCAUUUGUGCUUUAACUGAGCAUAAAAAAAUUUGUGCACUUUUUUUCACGUUCA